CAGACUUGCAUUUUGUAUUGUUGGGAGACAUGGAUGAAGACGGAUGGCAUUGCCCCCUGGACAACAUUAAUUCAAUCAGAAAACAAGAUCAGCAAGAAUAGUCAGCUUGAAGGUAAGGUAAACAAGAUAAUCUGAACAUUUUACAGUACAGUGGAACCUUGUUUUAACGAACCUCUAUAUAACGAAGUCCUUGGUAUAACAAGCAAAUUAUCUUCCUAGCCCAAGUACUUGUGAAAUAUAUGAAAAGAACCUUGAUAUAGUGAAACCUUCUCAUGGCAAAUAUUUUUAUUGUCCGUUGCUCAGCCCCUCGUUACACCCGAGGUUCCACUGUAACAAAGUGUACAUAGUGUAUAAUUAUGUACCAUGCGUCAUGUAGUCCCUUAAACACAUUCACAUUAGGUACUUUUUUUUUCUUAUUGUCCUUUCAACAAUAUGUUCUCCAAUUCUAGUAGCAUUCUGUUGGCAUAAAUAUGUUUUUAGUCAGUUAGUUACUUAUUUGACAAUCAAAUAGGUAGUCAGUCAGUUAUGCAGUGUGUAUAUGUUCUAGUUCAAUUUGUUUUUUAGUUCGAAAUUUUUAAAGUGGUUUGAUUAUUGAUUUGUAUACCUGAAUAGGUUUUUUUCAAAUAUGUGACUUUUUCAUUUUACUCAAAUUGAGUAGCUCUCAUUUUACUGAUUAGGUUUAAGCCCUCAUUUUACUGAUUUAAAAGAUUUUCUGGUUAAAAUAAUUAAAACAAAAUGAUGUUGUCUGAAAGAACCAGGAAAUUGAUGUGCUGUUGACUGGCUAAUUUACAGUGUACAGGUCCCAUCUCACAAAUGUAUCUUUGUGUGACAGAAAUUGCAACUUGUAAACAAUUAAAGGAAGGUAUUGUCCUAAAUAUUUUACGAACGGUGUUCUCAAAUUAGAUGAUGUGUUGCCGGAAUAAAUAAAUAAUAUUAUAAUUUUCGGCUGUCAGACCUUUGCAGAGAACAUGCAAUCUUGAAGUUAUGAUUUCAUAGGCCAUGUGUUGUAUAUAGUGUGUCAAACUCUGUUCACUGCAAUCUUUAAUCUUGAAUUAUCAUAAUUGCCUAUAUCAAGCUAAUCAGCAAUGUGCGGUCAGUUAUGUACACGGAUGCCCAUAAUUAUUGAAAGCAAAAGUGAAAAUACAGAAAAUUUAACACUCACGCUCACAAAAUCUCACACUUGACAAAAAAUAGCAAGUCAAUUACAUAAUUAUGUACAGUUGUAACUCGUUAGUGAACCAACUACACAUAUGCUCAACAUAUAAUGAAAAGAUCAUCAGUGAGGUAAACUUGCUACAAAUACUUGAGUGAAAUGCAGUAACAGAGUCAGCAUAAACUAAACAUAAGUAGAGGACAAAGCAUUUCAAACUGGAAUUUUCUAACAAAACAAGAAGACGCCCGAAGGCGCUUACGCGGGAUGUGUGGGUUUCAGAAAGAAUUACGGGUAUGUUGGAUGGAAAUGGAAGUUGAGUAGUGUAUGCAACAGAUGUGUGCAGGAGAGACGGAGAUGUUCUGUUAAGGACUAAUACACUAGAAGAUGAGUUACACACAAGGGUUCCUUUGCUACUCAAACCAAAACUUACAUCAAUAUUACCACCAUAUAUGUUAGGAGUAUGGGGUAGUUCACUAAAAUUUGCAUUCCUUUACUAAUGUCCUCAAAAAAUGCACUUCCACAUUUAACAAUAGCGUGUAAUGUAUCAUACUUCCAAUAACUACAGGGCUGCAGGGAAGUGCUCUAGGGAAAAUUUCAGAGAGCCCUUUAGGCUCCCCAAGCAUUUUUAGCUGGGGUACCCGGGCCUCUAAGUUGGUCGCCCAAAUUAAUAAAUCAAUGAGCUGUUAGUUAAUUAUUAAACAUUAAACAAAUUAUUUUCUUAACAAGUCAAGCAGAAUUUUGUGAACAUUUUUUUCAUGAAAAAUCACAUCCCUUUGACCUCCUGAGCGUGCGAAAAAAAAAAACCCGCAUGUUGUCAUAUGAAAGUAAGUUUUCGCGCCAUAUGAGAAACAUGGACAACGCCGUCGAACAUUUCAUGUUUUUUAAAUAGAAAAAUAAAUUUGGGGUAAAAAAUAAGGGCACUAUUCUUUUUACUAAUCAUUUUGAUUUAGGUCAGGAGCUCCUGUUUAGGUUGAAAAGAAAAUUUGCUUGUUAAGAUUGACUGAGAUCGCGUGGAGCUUUCCAGGAAAACUGUUAAUUUUUGCUGGGUAUGUGCCGCUGGCCUCUCAGAACCCCUACCCCAUUAUAGUCUUUUCUGUGGCCAAUAUUGUAGACCCCAUAUUAGUCACUCUUGGGGAAAUAUGUAAUUUUUGCGAUCCCAAGUUAGUCACUUUCUAUUUAUGUAUCUACCUUAUCAAUCCUUUAAAUAGGUCAUCAAGAAAUGAAUUGACCUAUUUUUUUAAUAAAUUGAAUGAAGAACACUUUACUUUUCACCCGCUGUACAAAUAUCCUGAUAGGUUUGCUAACCGUAAAUAUGAACAGCUCUCUUACCCCAAAAAUCCGAAAAUGUGCGACCCCAUUCUAGUAACUCUUUUGAAAAUGCAACCCCAUUAAUGUUCAAUCUAGUCGUGAAAAUGCGACCCCAUCCAGCGGCACAUCCCUAUUAGCCUCUUUAUAAGGAAGUGCCCCCCCCCCCACCGGGGGCCGCCCCAAAACUGUUAUCUCUUUUGAAUAGAUCAUCUUGUUGUAAAGUCGUCUUUUAAGCACAAAACAGAAGUAUUUUCUUUCUAUAUUAUCGGUGAAAUGUUCAGGACAAAUGUAGAUUCGGUUAGCUUUUGCGUAUUUAUUUUUAGUACGUGAUACGUAAUGCCUUGUCACGACACGAAAGACAAUGCGGGAUUUUAUAGAUUUAUACCCCCUUUACACCCGAUUCUAGAACAAUCACAAUUAUAAUAGUCGUCUCUUUUCUUUUUUAUGCAUCGUAUUUUACUGGAAUAACAAUCUUAGUUAUGUUUUAUCCUCGCAGACACAGCAGUCAAAAAAGGUAAAAAUAUUUAAAGAACAUAGAAGACCGACUCCCUUGUUUAUUCAGCGAUUUUUCAAAAUACAAAACUAUUGUUUUUGCGUCGUCCCGACCGUACUUCACGCCUGUCAGAGCAAAAGUAACAACUUGUUUUGAAAAACUAACUAAUGAACAAUCCUAAUUUGAAGAAAAAAUUUCAAUGUUACUAUGAAAAGCUGUUACUAUCGAAAACUGUGCAGCUUGUCACGUUCAUAGUCAAGGAUUAUGUUACAUGUGAAUUCACGUGAAACGACCUUUGAACAUCAACGCGUGCCCGCUGCCCGAUUUAACAACAUUUUCCUAAAGCUUUUUGAUAGACAUGCUACUUAUUGCUACUUACAGAGUCGACCUCAAGAGUUUCUUAGCGAGAGGAGCGUUCUUUUUAGGCCGCGAAGCCAGACAACAGAUUUUGGUUUUGGAUGUUAUAUACCCUAUUUUCACAAAUUGUCGUCACCCAUCUAGAUACAAUUGAAACCAAGCCAUGCAGUCUGGGCUGGCACUGUACACUGAUAAUUUCUUCAGUGAUAGAUUGUGAUAGAUUAUGUCGAAAACUUUAUGGAAAUCAACAAAUUAAUACUAGUCCCUUGAGUUCAUCAUUAUCCAUUUUAAACAAAAUUUUUUCCAUGAUUGUGAUAAGUGCCAUUUUAGUGGAAUUACCAGAAUGGAAGGCUGAUUGUAAUUAUUUAUAUACCAAAUUGUUCCUCUUGAAGAUAUUUUAAUAGCAACUUUGCUACAUAUUUUCGAGUAUUUUAGAUAGGAUUGACAGCACUGAUAUGGGUCGAUAGUUCUCUCUAAGAAGAUAGUGACAACUUGGAUGACUAAGAUAACAAGCAUGACUAGGAUAAUAAGAAUGCGGUCAGUAUAAAAUGCGGACUGCAGACUGUGGACUGCAGACCAUGGACUGUGGACUGGGUAUAAAAUAUGGAGUAGGUAUAAAAUGGGGACUAGAGACUACAGGCUGACUAUAAAACAUGGACACACAUAAAACAAAAACAACUGACUGUGUAUAUAUUUAUACAGCUUUAGAAAGGUAAGACUGAGCUGAGAAACGGAUAGGUGACUAGCAUAAAACAGUAGUCCCAGCUCCUUGCCUCACACACAAACAUUUCUUUGGCUGGUCAUAAUGAUGAUAUUAAAUAGAUUGCAUUGUCAUGUAUGUUAAGCCACACGUAUAUUGUGACUACCCAACUAUGAAUAAAGACUCUUAUUAUUAUUAUACAGUCUAUUCUUCCCAAUGUCAGUGUGGAGAAGGAAAGCAUACUGCAUGGGCAAGGAAGGUUAUGCCGCUACUCAAGCCAAUUGAAAAUGAAACUUUGAAUUUUAUAAAAAGGAGGAGUUAGAAGAGAAUUCAAUUUAUAGUUUUAAACCAAUAGAAGAUGUGAAACUGUGAAGCACCGAGCAAAAAAAAUAGUAUUGAUGUUAGUGAGAGUAAAAUUCCUAUAGAUGCCACAAUUCCCUUUUAAAGCCUUGGGGAUAUGAGGAAAUGGAGAACCCAGACAAGAAGGUCAAUAUAGGGGCAUUCUGUGAUGCAAAAAAGCUGUAUUUAGGGGGUAGGGGUUACUGACCUAUAUAUACGUGAAUAAUAGGCCUUAUUGCGGUUUUCGACGCCAUCUUGAUGAGUAGGCCAACGCAUGAGAAAUUACGGUGUUUUUAUGGGAAUCUAAUGUCAAAUAAUUUCCGUAAAACGGCUGUUCUGAAAAAAAUAUUCUAAUCUGUAAAAUAAAGCUACACAGCAAAGGAUUUUACUAUAAAAUUGUGGGGGCCGUUACUCUACUUAAAUUUCUCCAGACGCUUGCUUUAGAUUUUCCAUUAUUUGUCUGCAAUUUUUCCUGGGAAAUGUAUAGAAAAUUUUAUAAAUUGUUGCAAGCGCAUGUAGCUGCAUGUAACGACCUUGUAUUUUUGAAGUAGAAUCAUUAGGAGUGAAGCAUUAGUUUACAAUUCAUAUUUUUUUCAGAACAGCCGUUUUACUAGCCUCCCACACAGGCGUUUUUAGGAGAGCUCGUUUUUCAUCCAUCCCCACAAACGCCUGCUCAACUGAAGCCAACAUUCCUUUCCCAUUCUUACCCAAUCACAUUGUACUUUCCAAAUUCUAGAAAGUUGACCUUGACCGCAAGGUAAUCUGAUAAUUACUGGAUCUGCAUGAAACACUGGAAGAACUUUCUGACCUCUAAUAAAUGUUAUAUUCAGGGUGGCAAAAUAAGAUUUUGUCAAAUUUUAGAAAACUCCAUGCACUUCAUAACCUUAGCGAAGGAAAGAAAAGAAGGAAAACGGUAAUUCUAGGGUCAGGUUUUAGUCGCGUUUAGCCUGUCGACACUUUAUUGCACAACCGAUUAUUGGUCACUUACCACGCAAAUCAAACGAUGGGAAAGGAAUGUUGUUUUUGGCUGAGCAGGCGUUUGUGGGAAUUAUUGAUUUGGAUGACCAGGGAUGACUUGCGUGAUUUGGUUGGUUAGAAUGACUGGGAUGACUGUGAUGAAUGAGAUGUAGUAGCUGAAGUAGGGCACAAUUAUGCAAAUGUAGGGUGCUGUUGUUAGUGUAAAACUAUUUUUUAAACAAGAUAGUAGCUUGUUAAUGUAAUAAAUAACAACCAAUUUAUGAUUUUUACAACUUCCUGUUAUGUCAUUUCAUAAACAGUUUUUAUGUUUAAGUUUACAAUGUAACCUCUCCUUUAAUCAAGUAACCUGAAAAAGAUUUGGGUUUUAACGAUCUGGGGAGGGGGAUUUGGAAAAUUGUGUAUAGCUCUUUCUUCAAACGUCCUAGCUCUGCCCCUGUGUUUUAUUGCUGAAGGGUGUUAAUGUUUGCUAUCAUACUUGAGACAAGAGUUAAUUCUCCACCAUAGAGUUAAUGGUUUAAGAACAAGCAUUGUUUAGAUUUGGUCAUUAGACAUAAAGCAGAUAUUAUAUGUGAUAUCCAAACAUCUAAAAGUGAGUUUAAGAAAUGAGUGACAGCCAUUAGCUUUUAAGCUUUUGUGCCAUUAAAUGGAACGUUAUCAGUCCUGACAUUAUUUCAAAUCACCAUUUGUCAAGCUCAUUUUUUGUUUCCACUUCUUAAGUUCAAAUGGUUGAUUUUCUCCAUUUAGGAAAUGUUAAUAUACUUUCUUCAUGUUCAUAAUGUGUUUAUGGAUUGCAAGGAGUGUUGAGAUUUAUAGCAAGAAGUGGCAAGUCACAAGUUAUAAAAAUGGUUUGUUUAUUUUUUUUUUUCAGGCAGAAAAAAGACAACAAAUGAGGCAAGCUGGUCAGAGAUUAAUAUUUAAAUGGACUGCAUUCUUUGGAAGAGAGUCUGGAUUUAGAGGACAACAGCAUCACAGUUUAGGGAUUACAUCUGGUUAGGUACGCAGGAAUAAUUUUAUUAUUUGUAGCUACCUUUCUUCAUUACAGAGACUUGGUUUUACAUCACUCUGUCUAUGACCAGCCUGGGAGAUCACUAAGGGUGCUUUUCAUUUGUCAGAACUGACUGGCCAGACCAUUCCCAUUGCGAUGAGAAUUUCACUUUUAAUCAAACUAUUUCGUGAGAUAAGUCAAACAGUCAAUUCUCCUUCUAGCGGACACUGCAGGGACCUCAAGUUAGUUUCUUUAUUACCGAGAGUCUGUAAAAGCGAAAGUUUAUUUCAGGCAAAACAUCUGUAAUUCAUUUUUGCCUGUGAUUUUGCUGCUAUUCAUAUUAUCGGGGUGUGCGUUAUAGCAGGGUGUCUGUAAGGCAAGAAGGAGAUGAUUUUUCAGCAAAAACUCUUUGUAAGUUCUGAUUCAUUGUCAAAGUGACCAGUCUGGCCAAGGUCCAGCCAGGCAGUUCUGACUUUUGGAAAGUUUCCUGAGUGUGGGGUUAAGCUGGCUCAGGGUGUUUCUCUGAUAAGGAAGUGGACAUUUGCAGUGGUUAUAAUCACCCAGCUGUUGUUGUACAGCCAUUUUUUUUAUUAGUAAUUGGAGGCAGCAUGGCCAAGCAGGAGUGUAUAAUUAAGUAUUUAUUGUUAUUAUUAUUAUUAUUACUACUAUCUUAUUAACUUAAAAAAUUAAUGUUUCUUGAGAUACAUUAUAGUCAUCAGAAGCCAAUGUAAAGCUGUUGUCAGAUCACGAAAUUUAAAAAUUAUGCAAGUAUUAAAUGUUAAUACUGCCGGCAAUUCAUGUUGUUAAAAAUUUUUAGUGAAUUUUAAUUUUCAUUUAUUUAUUCUGUUAGGAAACGUUUUUGCAGAAAAAUAGACAUCCAUAAUAAUAGGUACUGUAGGGAGACUAAUAAUAUUCUUCCUUUCUACCUGACAGUCAAAUUUACCUGUAUUAUUUCUUGCAUGUCUGGCUAUUUAACAGGACCCCUCCCACUUGGUGAUGUUCCAGGAGAUUCUUUGCCCAUCACAAGUUGGAUAUCAAAAAUAUUUCUUCAAUUAAAGGGAUGACAUCUCAAGAAGCAGAGGGAUCAUGGUCCUCCAUUGGUGAUUCCUGGCAUUUCAGGUAUCAGUUUUUGUAACUUUCUUAACCAUUAUGAGACUACUACAUUUUGUUUAGGAUUUUUCCAGAGGUACACACAAUUCCAAAUCCCACUGUUUCCCCCUUUAAAGUAUCAAACCUUUUUCCGGCUCCUUCAUGAAAUCAUCCCACUCAUCCUACCAGUCCAACUUAUUCCAGUCAUCCUAUUCGUCCUAGUUAUCCAAGCCAACCCAAGCGUCCUAGUCAACCCAGUAGUUGCUGUCGUUGCAGUCACUUUAGUCAUCCAAGUCAUCCUAGUCACUCCUGUCUCCCCAGUUGUCCCAGUCAUCUUAGUCAGUCUAUUCUCACCUGUCAUCCCUGCCAUCCUAGCUAUGCCAGUCAACACAGUCAUCCCAGUCAUUGCAGUCAGUCUAAUUAUCCCACCCACCCUAGUUGUCCCAGUCAAUGAGGUCACCACUGUUGUGUCUGUCUCCUUAGUCAUCCCAGUCAACCCAUUCAUCCUAGUCAUCCCAGUCUCUGUAGUCAUCAUAGUUAUCCCAGCCAUCUCAGUCAUUCCAUUUAUCACAGUCACCCCAUUCAUCCCAGUCAUCCCUUUUAUUCAAAAUAUCCCUGUUAUCAGUUAUCCCAAUCACCCUAGUCAUCUCAGUUAUCUCAUUACCUCAUUCAUCCUAAUCAUCCCAGUAAUUCUACUUUUCUGUUUCAUCACAAUCAUCCCUGUCACUUGUUAUCUCAGUAAACCAAGUCAUCCUAUUCAUCGUAGUCUUGCCAAUUAUUGUCCUAGUUGUUGUAGUCAGUCAUCUUAUUAAUAUUCAUCCUAAUCAUGCAAGUCAUUCAAAGCAUCCCAGUCACCCUAGUUAUCCCAGUCAUCUCAGCCAUCCAAGUCAUCUCAUUAUUAUUCAUCCUUUUCAUCCUAAUCAUGCAAAUUAUCCCAGUCAUCCUGGUUAUCUCAGUUAUCCCAGUAACCGUAGUCAUCCAAGUCAUCUUAUUAUCCCACUCAAUCCACUCAUCCCAGUCAUCUUAUUCAUUCCCUUCAUCCUUGUCCUCCUAGUCAUUCCCUUCAUUCCAGGCAUCCAAAUCACUUCAGUCAUUCUAGCCAUUCUAGUCAUCCUUUUCAUCCCAGUCAUACCAGGCACCCUUGUCAUCUCAGUUAUCUCAUCAUCCUAGUUAUCCCAGUUUUUCUAGUUAUCCCUGUUAUCACAGUCAUCCCAGUCACCUAGUAAGUUAUCCUAAUCAUCCAAGUCACUCUUGUCAUCCCUGUCACCCCAGUUAUCCCAGUAAACCUAGUCCUCCUAGCCAUCCCAGUGAUCCUAGUCUUCCCAGUCAUCCCAGUUAUCCAAGCCAACCCAGUCACUCCAGUUAAUUACAAGAAUUGAAAGGACACAGAUUCUCUAAUUGCCUUUUUCCUGCACAAAUUUCUUACAUGAAUACACCUCAGGGUUCACAUGCACCUUGAAAGUCCUUGAAAAUUGCAGUCAGUGCUGGAAAGUUCUUGAAUUUCAGUGCUAACUUUAUCCAACCCAGAUCGUCAAGUGCUUAAAGGAGCAAACUGACCUUCAGGGUAAAAAUUAUUGCAGUCAUGUUGUGAAAGAACUAAAAAAGACAGACUUAAGUCUCUCAUUGGUAUUCUUGAAAAAUGCUGGAAUUUUUUUAUCAAAACAGGGUACAAACCCUGCAACCCUGUCAUCCUGUUUAUUCUAGCUAUCCUUGUUAUCCCAGUUUUCCCUGUCAUCCCAGUCAUCCUCUCGUCCUAGUUAUUCUAGUCAUAAUCAUCCCAGCUCAGUUAUCCCAGUAACUGUAGGACAGCAGACAUCAGAGGUAAGACAUGAGACAUCAGAUAUCAAACAUCGAAAAUCGGACGUCAGACGUUGGACAUGGGGCAUGGGAUGUGGAGCAUCAGACAUCAGACAUAUCUGACAGUGGGACAAAAAAUCUGACAAAAAAUCAGACAAAAAAUUUGACAAGAAAUUGAACAAGAAAAAUCGGACAAGAUAUGAGACAAACUAUCACACAAGAAAUCGGACAAAAAAUGGGACAAGACGUCAGGAAACAAAUCAGACAAUAAAUUGGACAAGAAAAUAGGACUAAAAAUCAAACAAAAUUGGACAAAAAUUGAACAGGAAAAAUCAGACGAAAAAUUGGACAAGAAAUUGAACAAAAAAUCGGAAGAAAAAUCGUACGUGGUACAUGGGUCAUAGGAAAAUGGACAUCAGACAUCGAAAAUGGGACAUCAGACAUGGGACAUUGGACAUUAGACAUUGGACAUUUAAUAGACAUUGGACAUUGAAAAUCGGACAUCAGUCGUCGGACAUUGGACACUGGACAUCUGAUAUCAGACAUCGAAAAUCGGACACCGGAUAUCUGACAUCAAAAAUCAGGCAUAGGACAUCAAACAUCGGAAUCAGAUAUUGGACAUAAGACAUCAGUCAUUGGACAUCAGACAUCGAAAAUUGGACAUCAGACAUGGACAUUGGACAUGGGAUAUAGAACAUGGAACAUUAGACAUCGGACUAAAGACAUCAGAAAUUGGACAUAAGACAUCAGACAUCCAACAGUCAUACAAGAAAUGGGUCAAAAAAAUCGGACAAAAAAAAUCGGACAACAAGUUGACAAAAAAAAUUGGACAAAAAUUUGACAAGAAAUCAGGCAAAAAUAUCGGACAAAAAAGGAACAAAGAAAUCUGGCAAAAAUCGGACAAGAAAUCGGACAAAAUAUUGGACAAAUAAAUUUGGUGAAAAAUGUUUCAAGAAAUAAGACAAAAAAAUCGGACAACAAACAAUGGGACAAACAAUCGGACAAAAAAUCGCACAAGUAAUUGGACAUGAAAUCAGACAAAAAAUCGGACGAAAAAUUGGUCAAAAAAUAGGACAAAAAUUUGAGUAAGUAAUCGGACAAGAAUGCGGACAAAAAAAUGGAACAAAACAUCUUACAAGAAAUCAGACAAGAAAAAUCGUACAAAAAAAAUCAGACAAGAAAUGGAACAAAAAAUUUGGCAAAAAAUUGGACCAUAAAAUUCAGACGAAAAAUGUACAAACAAUAAGACAAACGAGCGGACAAGUAGUUGGACGAAGUCAGACAAUAAAAUGGGACAUGGGACAUCAGAGAUAGAAAAUCAAACAUUGGACAUCAGACAUCAGAUAUUAGGCAUCAGACAUUGGACAUGGGACAUCGGACAUGGAACAUCAGACAUCGGAUAUUAAACAUUAGAUAUGGGAGAUAAGACAUCAGACAUCAGAUAUUGGAGAUAAGACAUCAGACAUCAGAUAUUUGAGAUAAGACAUCAGACAUCUGACAGUUGGACAAGAAAUCGGACUAAAAAUAUCGGACAAAAAAUCAGUCAAAAAUAUCGGACAAGAAAUCUGUCAAAAAAAUUGGACAAAAAUGGGAAAAUAGGUCAGGGAAUAAAUCUUACCAGAAAUCAGACAAAAAAUUGGACAAGAAAAAUCAGGCAAAUAAUGGGACAAGAAAUUAGACAAUAAAUCAGGCAAAAAAUCAGAGAAAAAAAAUCAGACAUGAAAUCGGACAAAAAAAUAGUGGACAAGAAUUGGACAAAAAAGCGAACAAAAAAUCAGACCAAAAAAUCGAACAAAAAAUCGGACCCCAAAAAAAAGUGGGUUAAAAAUCUUACAAGAAAUUGGGAAAAAAAAUGAACAAGAAAUCGUACGAAAAAAUCAGAUGAGAAAUUGAACAAACGAUCAUACAAACAAUGAACAAAAAGUUGGACGUGAAAUUGGACAAAAAAUCGGAGGAAAGAUUGGCCAAAAAAUUGGAAAGAAAUUUGGACAAGAAAUGGGAGAAAAAGAAAAUGGGACAAAAAAUUGGCCAAAAAUAUUGAACAAAAAAUUGACAAAAAAUUGGUUCGAAAAAUCGCAGAAAACAUCAGAGAAGAAAUAAGACAAAAAGUGGAGCAGAAAAAUCCAAUAAGAAUGGGCUGAGGAGAAUAAAACUAACCUUUAUCGUUUGUAAGGUUUCUCAGGAUAAACUGAAUAAAAACAGUCGAAUUGGUAAGGUCAGUAAAAUCAGUUAAUAUACUCUGUUGUCUGCCAGCAUGUCAAGCAUGGGGCUAAAGGCUCAAACCUCCUACGAAGAGUACAUGAGAAUGCAUUCAAGAGUGCAUGCAUAAGCAACAUAAACAUCACUCUAGUCAACAUGACUUUCAAAACUGGUGCAAAAAGUAGUGCUACCAAUAUUCUGCAAAUUAAAAUUAAUUAGUUAAAAAAUGUAUACAUAUCUUCUGCAAGUUGCAGAAAGUUUCGACAGGUUCUUUGAAGAUCCAGGGUUAGUUGUCAUGGCAACCAAUGUUCUGUUCACAGUAAACCCAAUGUUUUACUUUUUAACAAGAGACAUAAUGGGGCUCUUGUUUCCAAAAUGUGCUUCUGACAUUUUUGCGUGUAUAAGUCAUCCUAUAUCAUCAUGUGAAAUAUUGGAAAUUUAAUGGUUACAGCAUGACUAUUGUCCACUGACAAAUCUGCCUCCAUGUGUUCCUGGAGUCAAUUUAAUAAAUCUUUUACAAGUGUAAUUUAGAAGUGUAGCCAUUGUUUUAGUGUCAGAAAACAAAAGCUACAAUUGCAAAUUAAUGUUCAAUGUUAAAUGUUUGUGGCGGCAGUGGCCUAGCAAUGAAUAGUAAAGAAACUUACAAAAUAUCAGUGCACUUGCAAAACUCUUGCACGUGCAUGAAUUUUGAGUUGUAAUCAACUUUUCAUUGCACAUGCAGAAAAUUGUUGGUAGUUGUUUUGGCUAAUUUUCUGAUAUCCUCAAUUUUGCUGCCUCUUCGUUUAGUGUUUUGGCUACUUUUAUAAAAAGGGAAAUUAUACAACAAAGCAUUUUUCUAAUAGUACAUUAAAAGUCAUAGACUCAAGUCUCUGAUUGGAAUCUUUGAAAAAUGGGAAAUGUGUCCUUGAAAAAAUAUCCUUAAAUGUUUUGUUCAAAAAAAUGUACACCCCCCCUGCAACCUAGUCAUUCCAGGCAGUCUAGUUAUCCCUGUCAUCCUCUCGUCCUAGUUAUUCUAAUAAUUUAUAGUCAUCCCAGUCAUCCUUGUUAUCUUAGUUAUCCUAGUAACCGUAGUCAUCCCAGUCAUCCUAGUAUCCCACUCAUUCCAGUCACUCUAGUCAUCUCAGUCACCCGAGUUAUCCCAGUCAUCCCAGUCAUCCUACUCAUCCUAUUCAUCCCAGUCAUACCAGACACCCUAGUCAUCACAGUAAUUCUACAUAUCCUUUUCAUCUCAGUCACUCCAGUCAUCUCAAUCAUCCUAGUUAUUCUAGUCAUCCCAGCAGCAUAAAUCAUCCCAGUCAUCCUGGUUAUCUCUCAGUUAUCUCAGUCAUCCAAGUCAUCCUAGUCAUCAGUUUUUCUAGUUAUCCCUGUCAUCACAGUUAUCCCAGUAAUCCCAGUCACCUAAGUCAUCCCAAUCAUCCAAGUCAUCCCAGUCAUCUGUGUCACCUCAGUCAUCCCAGUCAACCCAGUCCUCCUAGUCAUUCCAGUCAUCCAUAUCAUUUCCAGUCAUCCCAGUCACCCCAGCCAUCCUAUAUCCUAGUCUUCACAAUUAUCAUAUUCACCCUUGCCAUCCUAAUCAUCCCAGUCAUCCUGGUCACCCCAGUCACCUUAGUCAUCUUAGUCAUGCCAGUUACUCCAGUCAUCUUAGUCAUUCCAGUUAUCCCAGUCAUUCAAGUCACCCUAGUUACCUCAUUAGUCAUCUUAAUCAUUGCAGUCAGUCUUGCAGGCUUUUUUAGGGAUUCACAUGUGCACCAUGUGGUCAGGUAGCUUCACCCCUCCUAUGAAGUCAUUUACAUUUGUGACUCAAUCUUAGACGUUGAACUCAAAAAAUACCUACAUGCCAAAAGUCAGCAAGGAGUCGUAAAGAAGUUAACAAUUGAGUAAAAAUGAAUUCUUAUUUUUUUUCUCAGGCUGAAAAGAAGAGCGGAUUUGGCAAACUGGUCUGCAAUUCAUCAAUAGCAGGAGUUCAAAAGCCAACAGUGAAGAGGCUGGUAUCAUCAAAGUCAACUCAUUAUUAA